UCACAUGGAUGAUCUCAGGAACUUGGCGUUCUCAUCAGAAAGGGGGUGGCUGGCUUGACGCCAGCUUGUAUAUCCAAGAUACUGGCUGUUGAAGGACGAGGCUGGACAAAGGCAGCCAGACAUGUUUGUGUUCUGGAGCCACCAGACAGGAGAGCUUUCCUUCAGGAUGGAGUCUACUGGGCUUUUGAGCAUCCUGGUGCUAUCCAUCCUUCUAGUGACUGUCCAGGGACCUGGUCUGACCGACAGGUCCUUUCCCAAGAGAUGCCCCAGAGUCCAAGAGAAUUGUGAAUUCAGGGAAAGGGACCAAUGUUCGAAGGACAGAAAAUGCCAGAUCGGCGAGAAGUGUUGUGUCUUCAGCUGUGGACGGAAAUGUUUAAAACUCCAUCAAGACAUAUGCAGCAUGCCCAAAGAACCUGGCCCCUGCCUUGCCUUUUUCCAUCGUUGGUGGUAUGAUAAGACAAAUAAUACCUGCUCCAUCUUCAUCUAUGGUGGCUGCAAAGGGAACCAUAACAACUUCCAAUCCCAAGACAUGUGCCAGAGGUUCUGCCGCAAAAAAGAAAAGUGUCCCUCAAACAGAGCAAGAUGCGAAAUGAAAGAAAGAGACCAAUGUACGAAGCACAGACAGUGCCCAAAUAAGAUGAAUUGUUGCAAGUUUGCCUGUGGAAAGAAAUGCUUAAACAUCAAACAAGACGUGUGCAGUUUGCCAAAGAAGACUGGCCCCUGCCUGGCCUACCUUCCACGCUGGUGGUAUGAUAAGGAAAAGAAGGUUUGCUCCAGAUUUAUCUAUGGUGGUUGCCAGGGGAACAAUAACAACUUCCAGUCUGAAAAUGUCUGCAAGGAUAUCUGCUCCCAAAAAAAGACAUCUAGCUGGCUGGGAUGAGGAGAGAUGGCACGACCUCCAGGAUUUGGCUCAUAAUCCAGGGAUCUCUCCAGAUGUGCCUGACUGAUGCUCUAGCCUGGCUUCCGCUGGCCAAACCUCAGCUGCCCAGACCCUGGAUGUUCCCACCAAGGACCUCCCCCCUCCCCUGCCACAAUUUCCUGACAACUGCCUUUUCUCCAGCUCAGCUUCUCUUCAAACACAGUGCCCUUUGCCCUUGGGCUCCUUCUCUGUAUGUGACCCUAUCCUUUCAACUUUCAGGGCCCCUGUUUAUCCUUCGGAAGCUUCCAGUUUCUCCUAAUAAAGUGUUCCGAGAGGUCUGAGA